AUGUCCCACACAUCUCCUGCUAGCUAUCUCGUCUGGUCCGUCCUAGCUUGUUUACUCGGAUCGUUUCUGCUCUACCAUUUGUGGUCUUUCGAUAGAUUCAAAUGUCUGAAAUGGAACAACGGGCCCAACUCGGGCGCGUUCAAACGUGUCAUGACGUACUCGUAUUUGCUCAGUGUACCGCUGAUCGGCGGCUACGCGAUUGGAUUCACUGUUAUCAAAUACACAGAGGGCUAUGUUAUCUUUGGGCCGCUUGGUAUCAUCCCGAAGCCAUGGCAGCUGUGGGAGCCUGCUGCGAAAGCGGCGAUAUUUCCCCUUACGCUGCUGUUCUCGGUAGGAUGGGCCUGUGAGAUGUACGCCCUCGCUUCUGUCGAUCUUGUUGGGAUGCUGACGCUCUAUCCGCCACUAAGUGUCACGCAUCUGGAAGAGCUCUGCUUCUGGCUCUUUCUCAUCAACGCCGGUUCGAACCAACAGGAUUGGUUCAGAACCUUGUACUUCAAAAUAUGGAUGGUUGGGUCGGUGGUCGCGAUAGCAUACAUGCCACUGGUGACGAUAUUCACGAGGCACGAUCCUCUCAAGUGCGAGGCUUAUACGGCUCUUGCUGGUAGCCUCGGAAGUCUCUCGUUGACCUUGUGGUUUACCCCAGUGCUAUGGACGUUCCCUUCAUUCCUUGAUAACCUGCGCAAAGAGGGUGUGGAUACUCCCACUGUUGUCCGCCUCACUAAAUUCCACGAACUCAAUACCAUACGCGUCAUUUUCCGCUUCCUGUUCGUUGUCCCCCUCCUCAUUCUGGGUGUGGAUGGCGUACGCCCGCAUAACCACAUAAAUGAAAGCAUGUUUGCCACUGACUUUUUGAUGAUGGUUGGCGGCUUCGGUUGUGCCAUUUCCUCGGCAAUCACCCUUGUCAUAUUCUUCCCUCGGUCUGUUGAGGGUGAGAUUGCUUCACGCGAAGCCGCUCGGGAAGCACGGCGGAAACGACUCUACGGUCUCAGUUCGGGGAUGGUUGAGUCGGGGAUACACUCUCAAUCACAGCUCUCAUUGCCUCCGCCGCACCAGGACGCUAAGGCUCGUUUCAGCGGGAGCUCCUUCGGAAAUAAUUACGCCGAACAGACGGUUUCGCUGCCCGUCGUCGAUCCGCGGCGAGACGGCUAUAACCAGAUGUCGCCGUCUUCGAUGUCGAAAUACACGGAAGAGGACGAUGUUCCUAGCUUACCGAGGAUUGUAGCGCCUCUCAGGCCAAAUCGCCACCGACCGAGCCCGAGUCCAGACGUCGAAAUGGAUAGCAUGAAUCCAUCAGCCAUACGUUUGACGGAGGGCAAUCUGUCCCAACACAAUUUACGUGUGGGGAAUGUUAAUCCUAUGGUUCACAACUUCACGUCGCCUAUCGACCUGAUGUAUCAGCCAGCGCUAGGAAAUCUUGACCGUGCCAAUGGAUCAAGGCUUACGUUCACCGCUCCUUGA